AUGGGGGCUUUCCCUGAAGAUUGUGAAAUUGAAGUGCAAAAAUUGAUCCAUUUAUGGAUAGCCGAGGGCUUCUUGGAUCCAAAAGUUCUUGAACAUCCAGAAGCAGUGGCUGUGGAUUACUUGGAAGACCUCAUUCGCAGAAGCUUAGUUUUGGUUGGAAAAAGGAGUUUUGAUGGCAAAAUCAAAACAUGCCUCCUCCAUGAUCUUUUGUGGGAACUGUGCUUAAGAGAAGCUCAGAAAGAAAACUUCUUAUCUGUGAUAAAAGGUUUUUCUGCAGGUAUAGCUGAUCAGCGCCGUCUCAGUCUCCACAAGGACUCUUAUCUUGAUGUUCACUUGGCACCCGAAAUGGCAUAUGUCAGAUCAUUUCUGUAUUUUGAUGUGGGUUCUGGCUUCGAACCAGACAUCUUAUUCUUCCAGUUGGGCUUUAAAUUGCUAAAAGUAUUGGAUGUGAUUUUUCUGCGAUUUGAAACUUUCCCUGUUCAAAUACUAGAACUGGUUAAUUUGAGUUACCUUGGACUGAUGGUCACUUUUGAGCUUCCCAAAAUGUUAUCUAGACUCAAGAAUCUGCAAACACUAGUGAUUCAUGGUCCCUGGACUAGCACAGAUUAUGCUGAGUCCCCAAAUCUGUUGUUUGAAUAUUGGAGUAUGCCAAAGUUAAGGCAUCUCUAUAUUACUGUUGCUUGCUGUUUAAGAAGUCCUUCUGUCAAAAUGGAUAUUAGUUUAUGGCCAUUCACUUCAAAAUGCAUCCAAGUUGUGUCCGGAAUUAGAUUUGCAAGCUGCACCAGGGAAGUUUUCAUCAGCAUGCCUUCUCUAAGCAUGUUAGGAUUGUCUGAAACCAAGGAAGACUAUGAGAUAAAUUGGAAAUUGACCAUAAGUUGGAGCUAUCAACCAUGGCAGAAUAUGACCUCCAUUGCCUCGUUACCCAAACUGGAGGUGCUCAAACUGAAAAAUUAUGCUUUCCAAGGGCCAAGGUGGGAACCAACUGAAGGGGGCUUUCGUGUUUUGAAGCACUUGCUGGUUGAGAAGACUGAUCUAGUGUCAUGGGAGGCCACAAGCAAUCACUUUCCAUGUCUUGAGCAUCUAGUUCUCAAGUCUUGCAAGUACCUGAAAGAGGUUCCCUACGGUAUUACAGAAAUUUCUACCCUGAAGCGGAUAGAGUUGCACAACUGUAGUGAAUCUGCAAAAAUUUCUGCUACAAGUAUUGAAGUUGAAAGCCUUGAUGUUGUCAUCAAAAGCGAUAGCAAUAUACACUAUUUAAAGCUGUUUGAUUUUGAGAAACAGGUUAAAAAUGGUUUAGCAUUACUUAUUUCUGUUGUCAAUAUUCAUUCCACGAGAGAAGUGUCAGAAAUAGUAGAACAGAUUGGUUUAAUUGGGAAUAAGCUGGAGAAAUUUCUUGAUGAAACUGACUUGUACAACUCCUGGGAAGAUUUAUGCAACAAUUUAUCGUUCCUACCUGCCCGUGAGGCAGUAAGAGCUCUACUUGAGGCUAGUCAAGGAUUCAAAGAUGCCAUAAACUUUUUCCAUGAAUUCUUGCUUAGGUUCUUUGGAGCUUUGCAAAGUGAGUGUCCAGAUGAAUCAAGGAAGUUGUGA